AUGAAACUGAGUAUAGCCAGAGAAGUAAGGAGAAGGAGUUCUUCUUGGGUUACAUGGCUCUUUGGAUCAAGUUUGAAGUUGUUUGUUAGCUUUAUCGCUUUGUGUGAGCCAUUAGAUGUUGAUUGUAAGCUACACCAACUUGCUCGUAAGCUGCAGCUUGGCCAAGGUGCUCCUUCAUUCUUUGGGACUUAA